AUGCCGUCCAGAGCGGGCUCGGCCUCGGAUGGGCCCAGCGUCUCACUGUCUUUCGCAAACAACUUCUGGGGCAAAGAUGACGCCGGUGUCGCCCCCCUGAUGGACCGCAUGCACAACUCGAAACAAACAAGCGAUGAACUCAAGGCCUUUUACACUGCGCGAGCCAAGAUCGAGGACGAAUACGCCCGAGCGCUGCUCAGUCUAGCCAAGAAACCACUCGGGUCAUUAGAGACGGGAACGUUGCGCAUGUCAUUAGAUGUGCUUCGCACCGAGACGGAGUCGAUGGGCAGGGCCCAUGGCACCAUUGCUGGUCAGAUGAAAAGUGAGCUCGAGGAACCACUGGUGGCUUUCAACGGUGGAAUCAAGGAACGCAGGAAGAUUGUGCAGGGUGGUAUUGAAAAGCUACUCAAGACCAAGAAUCAACAAACAGCAACGGUCUUCAAGGCACGCGACAAGUUUGAGCAGGACUGUCUCAAGAUAAAAGGCUACCUUGCUCAGGGCCACAUGGUCAUGGGUCAAGAAGAGCGCAAGAACAAGGCCAAGCUGGAGAAGACGCAAAUUCAAAUGUCGGCCAACAGCAGCGAGUAUGAGACGGCUGUCAAGAUCCUAGAGGAAACGACCGGCCGCUGGAACCGCGAAUGGAAGGCCGCUUGUGACAAGUUCCAGGAUCUGGAAGAGGAACGCCUAGAUUUCUUCAAGAGCAGUCUCUGGAGUUUUGCCAACAUCGCAUCGACUGUCUGCGUUAGUGACGACCAGUCGUGUGAGAAAGUGCGUCUGUCUUUGGAGGACUGCGAGGUGGAAAAGGACAUUUGCAGCUUCAUCAAGGACUCUGGUACUGGCCAGGAAAUCCCCGAUCCACCAAAGUACAUCAACUUUUGUCGUGGCGAUAUUGACGAUGUCAUUUCCAACCAUGGAUCCGUCGACGACGACGCCUACUCUGUCGCGCAGUUCCAGCGAACGAUGAAUCCUACCUUCCGGACCUCGUCUCCUCAGCCCAGCACUUUUGAAUCGCACAAUGACCCAGAUUCAAGCUUGAGAGAAGAGAUGGGUAUUCCGAAGAGCCGCACAUCCUUGCAGGGCGAGGACUCCUUCAUGGCGCAUGCCCGGAGCUCGCAUGGCAGCGCAGCACCUCCUCCACUCUCAAUGAGUCAGGUUAGCCACUCUUCCGCCCACUCGAUUCCAUACACAGAGCAGCAGCCCAUACCACAUAACCCUUAUCCCACAGAUGGUAUGACGCAGUUCUGCAGAAUGGAUGCUCCGUCCGAACGCAGCUCCAUCCCAUCACCYGUCCGACCGGGAAGCCGUGACAGCCAGGAGCACAGCGACUAUUCCCAGCCGACAUCGUACUCUAGUAUAGAUCCCGCUAGCCGCAACGCAUCGCCUACCAAGAACUACAACGGWUCGAAUAUCUCUGGCGUCUCUAGCUUCUCCAAUGUUUCAGCCGGGCCACCGGAAGACAAGCAGGUGCAGAAGAAGAAGAGUGGCUUCUUCCAAUCACCCUUCCGGAGGAAGAGCCAAAAGAGCAAAGAGCCACUCCAGCAAUCCAACGCGCCUGCGCCUAGCGGCAGGAACACCUGGACUCCAGCGUCUGCUCGCCAAGCCAACAGCGCAGGCACAAGUCCAACCAAGCAGACUUUUGGCAACCCAAGUAGAGCCAGUACAUGGAACAAGCAGCCCACAGCCAGUCCGGAUCCGGAUGUCGACCCUCGUGCGGACUACCAGCUUGGAAUUGGAAACAAUGUGUUUGAAGUGGCGCACCCAGACUUGCGAAAGAAGCCCCCAGGAAGAGACGCGCCGGGUGAGCUCGAUCCAAUUGCACGAGCGUUGGCAGAGUUGAAAGGGGUUGGAAAGCACGCCUCGACCCGUGAAUCAGCCGAUCGUCACUAUGGUAUGGCCACACCUGUACCCGGAACACCAGCCUCACAGCGAGGGGGUAGAGAAAGCGCUGCGCAGACGCCCUUCUCCAAUAACAAUGGGUACCGGGGUACGCCACCACCCUCAUAUGAUCAACCCGUGAGCAGACUAGGUGCUCCUCAGCCCGCACAUUCGAAGAAAGACAUGCUAAAAACCACGGCGCAAUACGUCGGUCAGAAACAAACCAUGUUCAAUGGGGGAGGCGCACCAAUGUCACGACCCGGAAGCAGCAUGGGUAGACAGGAGCCUCCACGAGCAAGCUCUCCUGCGCCACCGCGAGCCAUCAGUCCUCGACCUGCGGAAUCUCGAGCUCAACCAAAUUACCGUGCCGCAUCUCCGAAUCCAUAUGGUGGACCGGCUGCUGCGCCUCGACCACGCGCCCAGUCCUCCAGCCCGAUCAAGCCAAAUCAUCCACCUUCUGGCAACUACGGCGGCCAUACUGCAGGACGUGGCGCAUCUCCUGCAUUCCAGCGCGCUGCGAGCCCAAACCCGGCCUACAGCGCUCGCCCAGCCACCAGUGGAGCGAGCCAAAGACCUCCCAGCAGUCGCGGAUCCGAUCUCGCCGCGGCAGGAGGAAUGGCGAUGCAGCUUGCACCUGCCCCCUCCUCCACCUAUGGUGGCUCGCAGCGUGGGGGAAGGCCACAAAGCCAAUACUAUCCAGAUGGCGGGUCGCAAAUCUCACCUGCUWCUAGGGUUAGAAGCCAGAGUCAGGGAACACAAAGGAGUUUUACAAAGGACGGCAGGGCUAUUCUACAUUAUGCUCGCGCAAUGUACAUGUACCAAGCCGCCAUUCCUGAAGAACUCUCAUUCGGCAAAGGAGACAUUCUUGCCGUCACGAGACAUCAAGACGACGGAUGGUGGGAGGCAGAGAUUCCUGGCAAGACGGGUCCUGGACUGGUGCCGAGUAACUAUCUGAAAGCCUGUUAG